AUGCUACCAUCGGUGGUGUUUGUCCUGCUGGUAGCUUUCACCGGCAUUCAUGCAAACCGAUUCCGGAACGAGUUCCCGGGACCAUAUUGUGCUGCCCGGAACGACCAAUGCUGCCGGGAUCGUCAGGACGGUUGUGCGCAGCCGAUUUCGACAACACUUUGUUAUUGUGAUGAGUUCUGUGAACGAGGAGAACAUGGAGACUGCUGUCCAGACUACGAGGAAGUCUGCAUGGGCAUAACUUCGCCGCCGCAACAGUUGCUGUCCUGCGUGCACAAAAAACGUUACUUCACACCGUACGAUCCGCCAGUGGUGGACAACUGCAACACUUGCAAAUGUAACUAUGACGGGUCGGUGACGUGUACAGACAACGUGUGCCUGGUCGAUGAUGAGAUCCUUACUCAGCUGUAUCAUUUGGAGCGAUCCGUCGGUUGGAAGGCAACGAACUAUUCGGAAUGGUGGGGCCGUACGUACGACGAGGGCAAAGUGCUGCGACUGGGAACAUUCCAGCCAAAGUACCGCGUGAAGGCAAUGAAACGGCUCAGUAACAAGGGAGGAGCUUUGCCGUCACAUUUCGAUGCUAGCGAGCAUUGGCCAGGACUAAUUGCGGAAGCACGUGAUCAAGGAUGGUGUGGUUCGUCGUGGGCGUUUUCGACGGCUACAAUGUCUUCGGAUCGGUUUGCAGUAAUGUCCAAGGGGCGAGAGAUGGCUCAGCUGGCCGCGCAGCAGAUGCUGGCCUGUGUGACACGCCAACAGGCGUGUAAGGGUGGACAUUUGGACACGGCAUGGCAGUAUCUGCGUAAAGUGGGAGUGGUCAAUGAAGAAUGCUAUCCCUAUAUUGCGGCCCAAAACGCUUGCAAAGUACACCGAGACGACACGCUGAUCACUGCCAACUGUGAGCUUCCGCAGACGGUCAACCGUACGCAAAUGUACAAAAUGGGCCCGGCAUACAGUCUGAACAACGAAACAGAUAUUAUGAGCGAAAUUAAGGAGCGUGGAACUGUUCAGGCCCUGAUGCGUGUACACCGCGAUUUCUUCUCCUACAAGAGUGGUGUCUACCGCCAUUCGGCAGCGGCAACAGCGGCAGACGAACGAGCCGCCUUCCACUCGGUCCGUUUGAUCGGAUGGGGAGAGGAACGGGUCGGUUAUGAUGUGGUGAAGUACUGGAUUGCCAUCAACUCCUGGGGCCCUUGGUGGGGCGAGAACGGUCGCUUCCGUAUUCUGCGAGGAUCGAAUGAGUGCGAUAUUGAAAGUUACGUGCUGGCCUCGAACCCCUACGUACACGAGCAUGUCCAGGCGGUGCGCAAAGUCGGGGAGCUGCAGGAGCUGAUCGUCGGAACGGGCUACGUUCCGCACCCUAGCCACCGGUACCCACCGUACGGUCGUAGCGGCUAA